GACAUGGCGGCGGGCGUGGGCGAGAGUGGCUACGUGGGCGCAAUGGGAUGUGGUGCGGUCAAAAGCGUCAUUCACGAGGCUACCUGGCGAGGAUGCGCGGGCACCAUGACCAGGGCCGCUAAGCUGACGGAGGGUCUGAGGGGGUUCAGCAGCCUGGCCGCGCAAGAGUAA